AUGGAGGACCCUAAUGCAUACUGGCCAGAUAUUGAUAUCGAUCCGUACCCAAAUCCAUCAUAUAAGUGGGUACCAUUCUGCUAUAUCUGUUGCAGUGGGUUUACCACUGUCCCAGGAGACCACUCCCUUGGCCGGGAUACUUACUCUAGGCCGAAUGCCUCUGAAAUCACAUACACGGCUCACGAGUUAGAAGACCUUCAUGCCCUUACAUAUCCUGGCUGGCGAACCCUCUUUCGGCUGAUUAUGUAUGACCCUAAAUCGCGAAGCUAUAAACUCUCUGGAAUUUCUCAGAAUUUCUAUCCAUGGCGCAAGUUCCACGCUCCGUGGAAUGAAAAUGAUGGGCUUAUAAGUGUCGGGAACUACAAGAGAAUUUGGCGGCAGAGACUAGCGGCACCUAAGCUAGUACAAUGUAAGGAAAAUAUCGAGAAACAGUCGAGUCUUGCUGGGUAUUUGGUUCACGCUAGAUGUUGGAGGGAAUUUCUUCGAGUUAAUAACUGGCAUCACCUUACGAAGGAGAGUUUAGGCAUCGUGUCUCGCGCGCUGCGAAUGCGCUGUUUGAAGGAAUGCUUAUAUAUCUAUUAUGAUGACCCUGUAGAGUCAUUCCUAAUAAUGGAACCUAGAGAUCCCAUGGGAAUGACGUCAGUUCGGCGAUUUGUCACUCGAUGCAGGAAUAGAGCUAAAUAUAAAGCGAGCAAUAUAUCAUGCUCUAUCGAUUCAUGGCUUAUUCGUCUUCCAAUGGAGUUACAAUAUAUGGUCAUGGAUUAUCUUUCUUAUGAGGAUGUCUGCUCAGUCCUGGAAGGAAUUCAAUGGACAGUUGACAAAGGGUAUUGGAAGCUACGGCUCAAUCUCAAUCUAUUCAGUGAGAUACAGAGUAUCUUACACGAAGAUUUAGAUUGGCGGUGGCUUUGCUUGAAGUUGGAGGUUCUUGAACAUAGCCAGGCUGGGGUGGACAGAAAGCGUUUCUUCACAUUGCUGGAGGAAAUAGCGGCUCAAUAUGGCUUAACAGAGACAAUCAAGUGA